AUGUCUUCCGAUAUUGAACAAACAAAUAACCCUCCUAUGCGAGGAAUACCGGCAAUUACUGGCCCAAUAGAUUAUACCAAAGCAUUUCAUGUUUUCCCCAAAGAAUUACAACCGUUCCGUGGUUCUAUCUUGGCAUAUGGGGCAUCACUAUUUUCUACAUUGGUGGGAUUUCCUCUAGACACUGUGAAAACUCGAAUGCAGACCCAUAAGAACUUUGCAAGUUAUUUUGAUUGUGUUAAAAAGACAUAUGCUAAAGAAGGUGUACGUGGGUUUUUCCGAGGUAUCUGGGCACCAAUAAUUUCAACUUCACUAUCUAAAUCCUUGAGUGUUUCACUAUUUACUACAGUGAAACCAUAUACAUAUACAUUAUUAUAUGAGACACCCUGGACCAAAAAUAUUGAAAACUCGCAUCCAUUCUUACGAAAUAUUCCUGUUUGUUUUUUAUCUGGUUUAAUUGCCGGUGGUGGGGUCUCGUUAUUUGCUUGUCCAUUCGAGUUUACCAAAGUGUAUGCUCAAUUAGAAAAAUUAGUGGCGAGUAAAUCAUUAAAAGAAUUAUCAAAUUUAAACAAUGGAAAUGGAAAUGGUACUGGUGGUAGCAGUGCUGCGCAAUUAGCGCAGUUCAAUUCAAUAAAAACACCUUCUACUGCAGUGAUUGUGAAAGAAAUCUUGAAAUACGAAGGAAUUAGAGGAUUGUACUCUGGUUAUAAAUAUCAUUUGAUGAGAGAUUCGAUUUCAACGGGAUUUUAUUAUUCUAUUUAUGAAUCCAUGAAAUGGUCCAUAAAUAAUUUUAUAAAUAAAGAUCCUUCGGUUUCUUCUCCAUUUUCAGUUUUAUUGGCUGGUGGGAUGUCUGGUGUCCUCAGUUGGGUAUUGAUUUUCCCAAUAGAUACAACUAAAUCUUUGGUUCAAAAAGAUGCCGUGACAAACAUCUUACGACGAUCUCAUGGACUUGAACCUUUACCACCUAAACAUAGAAAGCUACAAAAAUUUGAAAAAAGAGCUUACAGAGGAUUAGGAAUUUCUGUUACGAGAUCUUUCAUUGUAAAUAUGGUUUUCUUUGGUGUUUUCGAAUUAGGCAUGACAUAUUUGGCGUAA